AUAUAUAGGUAGAUAUACCCUUUUUAUAUUGUGCGAUUUAUCUCCAACAUCACUCUUUAUUUAAAAAGCCUCACUUCCCCCAACACCUCCGACUCUCUUCUUCAGCUCCUGCCACAAUGAGCCAUGGCUGCGUCCGCCGUCAUCCGGCGCCACCACUUCCUCUCCUACUCCUCACCCUCGCCGCAGCCUCCCUGCUUCUCCUCACCGCACCGGUAGCCGCCUGGCGCCCAUGGCCCAACCAGAAACCCAACGCCACCGAACUCAUCUUCGGAGCCUCCAAGAAGUACGAGGGCUCGUCCGAGUUCGUCAAGCUGAAGUACCACAUGGGCCCCGUCCUGACGGCCGACAUCUCCGUUCACACGAUCUGGUACGGCACGUGGCGUAACCCCCAGAAGAAAAUCAUUCGCGAGUUCAUCAACUCCAUCUCCGCCGCCGAUUCCAAGCACCCCUCCGUGUCCGGCUGGUGGAAGACCGUCCAGCUCUACACCGACCAGACCGGCUCCAACAUCUCCCGGACCGUCCGGCUCGGCGAGGAAAAAAACGACCGGUUCUACUCCCACGGCAAGAGCCUCACGCGCCUGUCCAUCCAGUCCGUCAUAAAAUCCGCCGUGACGGCCUCCACGCGCCCCCUCCCGAUCAACCCCAAGAGCGGGCUCUACCUGCUGUUAACCUCCGACGACGUGUACGUCCAGGAUUUCUGCCAGAACGUCUGCGGGUUCCACUACUUCACAUUCCCGUCGAUCGUGGGGUACACGCUCCCGUACGCGUGGGUGGGAAACUCGGCCAAGCUGUGCCCGGGGACGUGCGCGUACCCCUUCGCCGUGCCGGAUUACAUCCCCGGGAUGAAGCCGCUGAGGUCGCCGAACGGCGACGUCGGCGUCGACGGGAUGAUAAGCAUCAUCGGCCACGAGGUCGCCGAGCUGGCGACGAACCCGCUGGUGAACGCCUGGUACGCCGGCGGGGACCCGAUCUUCCCGGUGGAGAUCGCCGAUCUCUGCGAGGGCAUUUACGGAACCGGCGGGGGCGGGUCGUACACGGGGCAGAUGUUGAACGGCGCGGAUGGCGCGACGUACAACAUGAACGGGAUAAGGAGGAGGUUCUUGGUCCAGUGGGUUUGGAACCAUGUGGUGAAUUACUGUUCUGGCCCUAACGCACUUGAUCAGUGAAUGUCACUCCUCCUGUCUAGCUAGUUGUACUCCCUACUAUUUUUGCUCCAUUGGGUUCUUCUGUCUUCUCUGUUUCGUUUUGGGGUUUUAUCUGAAUUUCGUUUCUUUUUUUUUCUUUUUUCUUUGUUCUGGAGGUUGGGGGGUUUUGUGAGCUGCUUGUUCAUGGAUAAUUUUAAUUAGUUUAAACUUAAUUUGUGUUUUGUUUGUUUAAAA